CUCGAAUUCAAGACUCAUUUAUUCGCGAAGAUCUUUCCUAGCAACAAUGAGCGAGAACGAUUCCAAAAUUGUAAGAUCUGUUAUUGACAGAGAAAAGUUGUUUUUAAAUUCUAUUAGUCAAAACAUUUGGAAAAAUCCAGAGUUGAAAUUUGAGGAAGUAUAUGCUCAUAACCUUCUAACGGAUGCUCUUUUUAAAUACGGUUUUGAAGUCCAUAAGAACUAUUUAUUACAAACAGCUUUUCGAGCAGAAUUUUCUUCAGGAGACGGCCCAAGCAUUGCUGUUAUUUUGGAAUACGAUGCCUUACCUGGUAUUGGUCAUGCAUGUGGACAUAAUUUGAUUGCUGAAGCGGGUCUGGCAGCCGCCAUCAGUAUUAAAGAAGCAAUGGAAAAUGAUUCUAAAAUUAAGGGAAAGGUAGUAGUUUUGGGAACUCCAGCUGAAGAAUCAGGUGGUGGUAAAGUUAAAUUGAUAAAACUGGGAGCGUUCGAGGACGUAGAUGCUGCCAUGAUGGUUCAUCCUCUUAAAGCAGAUUGGUUCAAUCCAAUAAAUUUGAGCAGAUUAGCAGUAAGUGUAGACUUCCGGGGAAAAGAGUCUCACGCAUCGGCUUUCCCUUGGGAAGGUAUCAAUGCACUCGACGCAGCAGUUAAUCUGUAUCAAAAUUUGGGUUUACUAAGACAACAAAUGAAACCGACUUGCAGAUUACACGCUAUAAUUACAAAAGGAGGAACUGCGCCAAACAUCAUUCCUGCUGAAUCAAGAGUUGAAAUUUAUUGCCGUGCCCAAAGUAUCAAGGAUUUACAGGUGUUGAGAGAAAAAGUGGAAAAAUGCAUUGUGGGAGCUGCAAUAUCUGCUGGAUGUUCUUACAAAGCAAAUUUUGAUGAAGAUAAUAUGUAUUAUGACUUAGUAACAAACAAUACUAUGUGUAGAUUGUUUGAAAAAAAUUUAGGAUCAAAAUCACCCACUGAUCCAGCAAAACUUGGAAUUCUUCCAGUUGGAUCCACAGACAUGGGAAACGUUUCUCACGUAGUUCCAUCAAUCCAUCCUUUUUACAACAUCUAUACUGAAGCAUCGAAUCACACUGAAGAGUUUACUAAUGCAGCAGGAGCUCCACGUGCUCAACCUUCGACUUUAAACGCUGCUAAAGCCAUGGCCAUGACAGCAUUAUCUUUGAUGAGGAAUCCAGAGAAAAUGGCCCAAGCAAAAGAGGAAUUCAAAAUUGCUAUGUUAAUAAAGAACAGUUCCUAAAUACAUAAUUGAUAAAGACAGAACAGUACCAUUUUCCUAAAUAUAUGUUUUCUGCUUGAAAGAAAACACAUUUCUUUAAAAAAAGAUUUUUGCUUUAGUUUGGUAUUGAAAUUUUUUAAAAGAAUAUAAUAAAAUGUGGUUUAGAUUGCCGGUUGUCCAA